AGUCUGCUCGCCUCACAGGGGACAAGGAAGUCCAGGUUGUAGCCACGGACUACGAGGCCUACGCCAUCCUGGACCUGUCUUCCCACAGAGGCGGCGUGGCCUGGAGGGUCUUGAAGCUCUAUAGCCGGAGUCUGGAGGACAAGGGAGAGGUCAUGAAGAGGUUCUUGGAGGUGGCCCAGGAGCGCGGGUUCACAGAGUCCGACGUGCACCUGCUCGAGCGAGACCUGACCUGCGUGAAGCUGCUGCAGCCCGGAGGUGUGCCGAGUUCCUGAAGGAGGUGAGCCUGCUCCCUCAUCCCUGCGGGAGCCCCGGGCCCAGACCCCCAU